AUGUCGUUUACUGUGCCGGAAUCGAUGCAAGCGCAGUACCUGGAGGCUUACAAGGAACCAUACAGGCUACGAUCAGUGCCAAUUCCGAAGCUGGAGGAGCGGCAUGACAUCCUCAUCAGGGUAGACGCUGCUUCGUAUUGCCAUACCGACUAUGUCCUAGCGGAAGGACAGAUGCCAGGAUUGCCGAAAUCUUUCCCUCACAUCGGGUGCCACGAGUUCGCAGGGACGGUAGUCGCUCAUUUCCAGACGCCCAGCAAGGAAGCUAGCGCAUUCGAGAUUGGCGUAAGGGUCGGCGUACCGGGGCGUUCUUUCCAUGCGUGUGGCUCAUGUUUCGAGUGCAAGAACGAGCGCGUGGAUGAUCCGGUCGCCAUGGAUGAAGGAGGCUACUCGGUGAACUGUAUAAAUGCUGAGAACAAAGGGCUGAGCAAAGACGGAGGGUUCGCGCAGUAUGCCGUUGUGGAUGCGAGACAGCUAUCACCCAUACCAGACGGUCUGACCGCAGUAGAGACUGCCCCUCUGAUGUGCGCCGGCGUGACCAUAUACGGAGCCCUCAAAAAAUGCAGACUGAAGCAAGGCGACCGAGUCGGCAUACUAGGAGCAGGUGGUGGUCUUGGCCAUCUGGGCUUACAAUACGCCGUGAAGAUGGGGUACAAAGUUCUGGGUAUUGAGGCAGCGGAUGAGCCUCUAAAGCUUUCGCAAGAUGUCGCCUCGAAAUUGGAUCCACAGCCGUAUAUCGUAGACGCUCGGAACAAGAAGGCAGCGGAUAUCGUUCAGGAAAUCGGCAGACAAGACAGCAAGAAGGACAUUGGCGAGAUGGGGCUGGAUGCAGUGAUCGUCCUGCCGGAAAGCCAGACUGCUUUUGACUACGGCAUGGCCCUGCUCAAGUCGCACGGCACGUGCGUUGUGGUGUCGUUCCCGGAAAAGGGCUUCCACAUCAACUCGCGCGACGUUGUAUUUCGGGAUAUCAGGAUCAUCGGCAGCUUGGUAGGAAGCAACAAAGUGCUUCGUGAAAUGCUCGAGUUCUCCGCCGAACAUGGUAUUCGUGCUUUGUCGACUUCAUUUCCUCUAGCGAAGCUAAACGAGCUUGUAGAAGAGUAUCACAAGGGUCGGGGCGGAAAGCUGGUGGUUGAUAUGGCCCUUGAAGCGUAG